GAGAGAUUUUUUCUUUCUCCAUACAGAAUUAGUUUCUUCUGAUUCUGACGUAACAAACAAUUUCGAUGAGACAUCAGAACCCCCAUUUACCCCCAUUUAUACCAUUUAAGGAUACAUAAAGCAGAUUUUUUUUACUUUACCUUUACUAUACUUUUUUACUUUACUAUACUUUUGAACUUAGACUUAGAACACUAACAGGUAAAAUGUGAGAUUUUUAUUAAGUAAAAGAAGUCAGUUAAUUCAUUAAGGUUAUGUUUAUAUCAUGUAUGAAUAGCCAACUCUCAGUAGAAGGUUCCCUCGGAACAAUUAUUAUAUAUUUCAAGUUAUUUCGGAUCUUUCUUAAUCUUCAAAAAGAUAUUCCCUAAUGGAAUGGUAGGAUGAAAAAAAUAAAAAAUAAAAAGGAAGUGUGGAAAAAAUGACAAGAAGAUAUUGGAACAUCAAUUUGAAAGAAAUGAUAGAAGCGGGAGUUCAUUUUGGUCAUGGUAUUAAGAAAUGGAAUCCUAAAAUGGCCCCUUACAUUUCGGCAAAGCGUAAAGGUACUCAUAUUACAAAUCUCGCUAGAACGGCUCGUUUUUUAUCAGAAGCUUGUGAUUUAGUUUUUGAUGCAGCAAGUCAGGGAAAAAGUUUCUUAAUUGUUGGUACCAAAAAAAGAGCAGCGGAUUUAGUAGCAUCAGCUGCAAUAAGGGCUCGUUGUCAUUAUGUUAAUAAAAAGUGGUUCAGUGGUAUGUUAACGAAUUGGUCAAUUACGAAAACUAGACUUUCUCAAUUUAGAGACUUAAGAGCAGAAGAAAAGAUGGGAAAAUUCCACCAUCUCCCAAAAAGAGAUGUGGCAAUCUUGAAAAGAAAAUUAUCUACCUUGCAAAGAUAUCUCGGCGGGAUCCAAUAUAUGACGAGGUUGCCAGACAUUGUGAUCGUCCUUGAUCAGCAAAAAGAGUAUAUAGCUCUUCGGGAAUGUGCCAUUUUGGGGAUUCCUACUAUUUCUUUAGUUGAUACAAAUUGUGACCCAGAUCUCGCGAAUAUAUCGAUUCCAGCCAACGAUGACACUAUGACUUCAAUUCGAUUGAUUCUUAACAAAUUAGUAUUUGCUAUUUGUGAGGGCCGUUCUCUCUAUAUAAGAAACCUUUAAUUAAGAAGAAUAGUGAAUUCUUGGGCAACUGCGUAGAUUUCUGGAAUCACUUACUAUUCUUUUUUGUUUUGCAUAGAUAAAAGAAGGGGAAUAUUGAUAUAUAUUAGAGGGUAUUGAUAUAUAUUAUGAUCUGAUGUGCUUUCUUAGUACCCUAAAUAUAACAUUAAUACUUCAAGUUGCUGAGUUUAGAAAGAGAUGGUUGAAUCAAAACAAUACCUUUUUUGAAGUUCAAUUUUUAUCAGAGGACAAUAUGAAUAUUAUACUUUGUUCCAUUAAAACACUCAAGGGGUUAUACGAUAUAUCAGGUGUAGAAGUAGACCAACACUUCUAUUGGCAAAUAGGAGGUUUCCAAAUUCAUGCCCAAGUACUCAUCACUUCUUGGGUCGUAAUUACUAUCUUGCUAGGUUCAGUUCUCAUAGCUGUUCGGAAUCCACAAACCAUCCCGACCGACGGUCAGAAUUUCUUUGAAUAUAUUCUUGAGUUUAUUCGAGACUUGAGCAAAACUCAGAUUGGAGAGGAAUAUGGUCCCUGGGUUCCUUUUAUUGGAACUAUGUUCCUUUUUAUUUUUGUUUCGAAUUGGUCGGGUGCUCUUUUACCUUGGAAAAUUAUAGAGUUACCCCACGGGGAAUUAGCAGCGCCCACGAAUGAUAUAAAUACUACUGUUGCUUUAGCUUUACUCACGUCAGCGGCAUAUUUUUAUGCGGGUCUUAGCAAAAAAGGAUUGAGCUAUUUCGAGAAAUAUAUUAAACCAACCCCAAUCCUUUUACCAAUCAACAUCCUGGAAGAUUUCACAAAACCAUUAUCGCUUAGCUUUCGACUUUUCGGGAAUAUAUUGGCAGAUGAAUUAGUCGUUGUUGUUCUUGUUUCUUUAGUCCCCUUAGUAGUCCCUAUACCGGUCAUGUUUCUUGGAUUAUUUACAAGCGGUAUUCAAGCUCUUAUUUUUGCAACAUUAGCCGCAGCUUAUAUAGGUGAAUCUAUGGAGGGUCAUCAUUGAAUUGACUAGUUUUGGAAAUAGUCUUUUUUUCCGCUUAGCUCAAUUCAUGCAUGGUUCCAGAUAAUCCGCUUGGUUGCAAAAAAUUGUUAGAAAUGCGUAUGAAUAUACAACUUAGAGUUGUAGGACUUAGAAUCCGAUUCAAUAGAAAAUGAGAAAAUACGCAAACCAAAUAGAAAAAACAGAUGUAUAUAGGAUAUUAUAUAUUCCUAAGUUAGAUUGAUUAUCUAAUCCGAUCUAUCGAAUUCCCUCUA